AUGGCACACAGGACUACGAUCAAGACGACAUUCGAGCCCAGCAGAACCAUCCGGCCUAUAUAUACCGGCGGCGGCGUCGCCCUCAGCCAGAAUGGCCGCAUACUGGCAACCUGCCUCAACGAAGAUGUGCUCUUGACCGAGCUCAGUACAGCCGCGCAUCUGGCGCGGAUAGAAGGCGAUGGAGAAACCAUUACCGCACUAUCCCUGACGCCCUCCGGGUCCCAUGUCAUACUAUGUUCGAGGUCACUAUCUAUGCGGAUAUACUCGCUGAAGCCCUCCGCCUCGCCCGACGCAGUCAUAGACGCCGAACUGCUCCGAACUCUCCGCCCUCACACCUCGCCCGUCGUAGUGUCCAGCGUUGAUCGCACAGGUACAUUACUCGCUACUGGGGGUGCCGAUGGCGUUGUCAAAGUAUGGGACAUAAGAGGUGGUUUUGUCACGCAUACUUUUCACGGACAUAGCGGAGUCAUCGCAUCGUUGCACUUCUUCGAGGUAGAAGCUGCUGCUUCCGGAGUUGAGGAUGCCGCCAAAAGUCGUCGGAAGAACAAGCGGAAGCAGGACCAGCGCAAUGGAACAUCCGAGACGGACGCCGCGGAAGAAGAGGCUACGCUCGGCUUCCGGUUAGCAUCUGGUGGAGAGGAUGGCAAGAUUCGUAUAUGGGAUCUACACAAGCGGAAGUCCGCCGCGAUUCUCGACUCCCACGUCUCUGUUGUGCGGAGUUUGGACUUCUUGCCGCAAGAGAAUGCGCUAGUGUCGGGUAGCAGGGACAAGACUGUCAUGGUGUGGGACUCGCGGACGUGGAAAAUACGCAGCACAAUCCCGGUGCUGGAGGGCGUCGAGAGUACCGGAUUUGUACAAGAUGGGAGGUUCAUCUACACUGGCGGCGAGAAUGGCCGGGUGCGGAUAUGGUCUACCGCCACUGGGAGGGAAGUGACCCGAGAACAAGAAGCUGGCGCCGAGACCGAGGGCAUCAGUGAUAUAAUACACCAACCAGGCUUAAAGUACCUCCUCUCAAUACACGCCGACCAAACUCUCAUGCUUCACUCACUUGCGCCACUUGUGGACCUCGACCCAGAAGGGCUUACGGAUCUUCUACCAAUUCUGCGAAGGAUAUCGGGCACUCACGACGAGGUCAUUGAUGUGGCUUAUGUAGGAAGAGACUCAUCUCUACUAGCAUUGGCUACGAACUUAGAAGACAUCCGGAUCAUCUCGUUAGCUACUGAAGAUUCAUCCACCUCUGACGACGAUGUUGGAGGCGAUUACUUUGGUGCAGACGUCGCUGUACUUAAGGGCCAUGAGGACAUUAUCAUCUGUAUGGACGUUGACUGGUCGGGUCAUUGGCUGGCUACGGGUGCGAAGGACAACACCGCACGACUGUGGCGGAUAGACCCCGACCACAACUCAUUUACCUGCUACGCAACCUUUACCGGCCACGCCGAGUCCUUAGGUGCCAUAGCGCUCCCCCGAUUGGCACCCCCAGCAGGUUCCGCCGCACACACCAACCCCCUAGACCACCCCCCGAGCUUCGUCAUCACAGGCUCCCAGGACAAAACCAUCAAGCGCUGGGACAUCUCCAGCGUCAAGAAGACCACCCGCGCUACCUACACCCGCAAAGCACAUGACAAAGACAUCAACGCCCUCGACGUGUCUCCCAGCUCCACCCUCUUCGCCUCCGCCUCGCAAGACCGCACCGUAAAGAUCUGGUCAACGGAGGAAGGCGAAACACAAGGCGUGUUGCGUGGCCACCGCCGCGGCGUCUGGACCGUCCGCUUCGCGCCCAAGGACACGCCCGCCAUCGGCAGCAGCGGAAGCCGCGGCCUCAUCCUCACGGGCUCCGGCGACAAGACCGUCAAGAUCUGGAGCCUGGCCGACUACGCCUGCCUCCUGACGCUGGAAGGCCACACCAAUAGCGUCCUCAAAGCCGUAUGGCUGCACGCGGAGAAAACGGACAGCCGCGACAAGCGCGGCGCGCAGGUCGCAUCAGCCGGCGGGGACGGGCUGGUUAAGGUGUGGGACGCGACGAGCGGGGAGGUGGCGGCGACGCUGGACAACCACUCUGACCGCGUGUGGGCGCUCGCCGUGCAUCCGGGGUCGAACACCCUCGUCUCGGGCGGGGGCGACGGCGUCAUCACGUUCUGGGCCGAUACGACGCAGGCGACGGCCGUGGCGGCCGCUGUAGCGGAGACGGAGCGCGUCGAGCAGGACCAGCGGCUCGCGAACUACAUCGUCGCAGGAAGCUGGCGGGAGGCGAUUACGCUGGCGCUGCAGCUGGACCAGCCGGCGCGGUUGCUCAGUCUCUUCAAAGGGGUUGUGGAGGCCGAGGAGCAGGAGGAGGGGAGUCUGUCGGGAAACAGGGACGUCGAUGAGGUGUUGGGGAGCUUGGCGGAUGAGCAGAUCUUCAGGCUGCUGUUGAGGGUUAGGGACUGGAACACGAAUGCGAGGACGGCGGGUGUGGCGCAGAGGGUGCUGUGGACGCUUGUGAGGAAGUAUCCGGCGAGCAGGCUGGCGGGGUUGAAGGUUGAUGGGAGGAGAGAGGGGAGGGGGAGUUUGAGAGAGGUGUUGGACGCGUUGAGGGCGUAUACUGAACGGCACUAUCGAAGGGUCGAGGAGCUGGUUGAUGAGAGCUACCUCCUCGAGUUUACACUGAGGGAGAUGGAUGAAGUGUCUGGGGACCACAGGCUUACGAAUGGCGCUAGCUCAUUUGGCUCGAGCAAAGAUGUCGUUAUGGCAGAAUAG